AAUGGUUGUUUUUUGCAUAUGUUAGCAUUAAGAAUUGAAAUGGGGUCAAAAGCUCCCCAGUAAUCUGUACAAAAACUGUAAAUAUAAAAUCUACAACUUUUCUAUCUUCAGUGGGUUAGGUGCCUGACUAUUUCUUAUCUAGGCCCAGUAAUUACCUGGAGUCUUGUCGUCACCAUGAGGCCAGGCAACCAGCAUAGACUGCAGGAAGUAGCUGCAACCUGCCAAGACAAUAUGCUACUUACACAUAACUCUGAAUUUCAAAGGCUCCAUUCACCCAGAUUACUUGAGGAAUUGUUGUGGCACAUCUACCACAUGCUCUGUUGAAGUUUGUUGGUGUUGUGGCAGCGCUUUGUGAUCAAGAGCCCCUGACCUGACCACCCUAGAGACCCCCAGCUGGAUACUGUCAGACCUGUAAUGGCACUGCUGUCAUUGCAGUUUCACUCUCCUCGUGUAUACAAAACAGAACCUGGCUUUCUUUUGUAGAUAGAUACAGUGACCUGCAGGCACUGUGAGAGGCCUGAGAAUUAAUGUCGUGGUCAUGGUGUUGAUGAUGUGGAAUCUGGCCCUUGAUAAAGGAUGGAUGAGGGAAAUCAGCGAGGCAGGGAGGUAGCUCUGUGUCUCACUCUUCUAGCUGUCUCUGUGUUUGUUUUCAUUCUCUCUGCUUUAGUGCUCUCUGUCCCGUGUGGUCUUGUGUGUUCUACAUUGCCUAUAUGCUUCCAUUGAGCUGAAGCUGCAGGUGCCUCACUGGCCUCAAUUGUGGCCAGGCCUGAUUUUUCCAGAAUUUUCUUUUUCUUUUUCUUUUUCUUCUCCUUUUUCUUUUUCUUUUUCUUUUUCUUUUUUUGCUCAAUAUCCCCACAGCAUACAUCUCUGAUAUCACCAAAUCAAGAGGCCCAAGCUUGCAUUUCAUCCAUGGUGUGUCCAGAACACUAUUACUCUCCCCAAAUAAGGUUAAGCAUUGUAAAUAAUGGCAUUAUGCCCAAUAGCUGGGAUCAUUAUUUACCAGAGCCAAGAAGAACUGAAGAGGGGGAUUUUCCAAAACUUAGCCAGUCCACAUUUACUAGUGAGUUUACUGAAAGUCUACGCCUCGUAUUGCAAACCUCAGUCAGUCAUGUUGAAUCACUUGCCUGAGGUGAUUAAUGUGUUAAGAGGACUAAAAUACAGUGCUACAGAGGUAGUAUAGAAAUCCACAACUACCCACAUUUUUCCUCUCCAGCUGCAAGAGGUCACCAAACCACACCAAAUAUGGCAAAGUUCUUGUAGAACGAUUUUUUGCCAACAGUGUGCAGACUGGUAACUGGAGGAUGCUUUGAUGUGUGGAAAUCGUAGCUGUGAAAAUACAAGCACACUGCGAUACUCUAUAUAUCACUAUAUCUGUCUGUGCCUUGGCUGUGUUUUGGCAUUUAAUUAAACCUGUUGAUACUGUCAACCACAAAAGGUGUGACCCAGCAUGCUAAUCAUCAUUUGUCAAGCAGUGCAUUUGAAAUAACACCUCCAACUUAUGCGGAUAUGCCAAGAAUAUAUUAGAGAAAAUUUGAUUAUUAAUCUGUUUAUUAAUUAAUGUGUUAGCAAAUUUUCCCCUGGGGUUGAAAUAAAAGUGUUUUGUCAUGAUUUAUUGGUUCCUACUACUUUUGUUUUUGAUUUACUUGGAAGCUUAGAGACAUGGCUCAACUUCUACUGUCAUUGUUUUGCAAUCAAAAGGAGAAGAGGAACCUAGAUGAAUCAGUCUAGUUUUGCAUCACUUUCCAGUUCCAGUCACCCAGGAGAAGGUGUCCUAUCUGUUUAGCCUAAACUGUCAAAGAAACCUCUCUGCAUUUGAUUUGCAGUACUUCACUUUACACUGUGGAAUAUGCAGCCUGGCUGGUAUCCAGAUCUUUUUGGCAACUGGCCACGGUACCUGCUGUUGAAUUGCCCAUUGCACCCCCCUCCCUCCCCUGCUUGAACCUCAAAGUUGAAAAACCUUUUAUGACUAUAAUGCUGGGUCCCCAUCAUGUUUUAUUUUUGCUCCCCACGCACACUGCCCCUCCUCUGACAGAUGGAGUUAAGCAAGGAGGUUAAAGAUGACGCAGUUCAGCUGUGUGGGAGUGGAGAGUAAUGAGGCCCGGGGCCUCUGUGGCCUGACAGCAGGAGCCCAGGGACACAACCGGUCCUCUGAUCUGACCCAGAGGAUGGAGCAAACUCUCAGCCAGCAGCUCGCAAACUUUCGCUGGAGAUUUCAGAAACAGAGGAGACUAGUUUUUAAAGCAGCUUUGCAAUCAAGCAUGACGACCCUUAAUGCCACGGUGUCAUUGCUGCUGUAAUUGCUAUAAAUGUUUUAAACUAACCGACUGACUGCCCCUCACUCUCCAAACCAAUCUGGUCAGUGGCAGCACAGAUACACUGCGCUGCUUAGAGAAAAGUCUCUGAGAACCAGCUGUCUUAAGAAGAAAACAGCUUGUCCAACUAUUGGAUAGUGACCAGAAAGGCUUAAGGGACCAUGACUCUCAUCAUUCAUCCAACAUGUUAAUUAUCCAAUGAGAAUCUCUUUUAGACAGGAAUCCUAUGGGCCAACGGUUGUGCUGAAGAGAUUAGACAAUUAAUCAAUGACAAUCUUUCUGAGUGAUUACUUGUUUAAGUAAGUUAUCAAAUGAAAUUACCAGGUGCCAGUUACAGUAAAGCUUCUCAAAUGUUGUUCCUUAUGUCAUAUCAUAACAUAAAUACUUUUAAUGACUUAAUGACUUUUAAAGCUGUUGUUCAGAGUAAGAAUGAGCAAUAUCAAGGUGCCAUCUUUAGGCCUUACUUCAUUUUAAUAUAUGAAAAGUAAAUAUGAAAGUAACUGUUUUCAAUAUACCAACUUUGACAUAGAUCAGUGAAACAUUCAUGAGCUCCAAACCUGUUAACUCCAGUAAAAUCUCACUCACCCAUCCCUUUCUAACUCCAGCAUGCUCUCUUGCUUUUUUCACUGUAAAUAUACACUCACCACGCACUUCAUAAGCUUCAGUUAAUGUUCACAUCAAACAUCAGAAUGGGGGGAAAACAAUGAUCUCAGUGACUCUGACCGUUGCAUGACUGUUGGUGCCAGUUGGGCUAGUCUAGCAUUUCUGAAACUGCUCAUCUCCUAGAAUAUUCACAAACAACAAUCUCUAUAGAGUUUACUCAGAAUGGUGCAAAAAACAAAAAACAUUGAAUGACAAGCAAUUCUGUGGACAGAAACGCCUUAGGGAUGGGAGAGGUCAGAGGAGACUGGUUGGCGCUGACAAAAAAGGUCACGGUAACUGUGGUGAGUAGAAAAGCGUCUCAGAAUGAACUACAUGUCCAACCUUGAUGUAGAUGGGCUACAACAGCAGAAGACCAUGUCAGGUUCUACUCCUGUCAGCCAAGAACAGGAAUCUGAGGCUGCAGUGAGUACAGACUCACUAAAACUAGACAGUUGAAGAAUGGAAAAAUGUAGCCUGACCUGAUGAAGUUUGAUUUCUGCUGAGGCACACAGAUGGCAGGGCCAGAACUUGGCGUCAGCAUCAUGAAUCCAUGGGCCCAUUCUGUCAACAGUCCAGGCUGGUAGUGGUGGUGUAAUAAUGUGGGGAAUGUUUUCUUGGCACACUUUGUGCCACUUAAUACCAAUCAGUUAUCGUUUGAAUGUCACAGUCUAUCUUAGUCUUGUUCCUGACCACGUGCAUCCUUUUAUAGCCAUGGUUUACCAAUCACCUAAUAGCUACUUCCAGCAUGAUAAUGCUCCGUGUCACAAACCAAAAGUCGUCUCAAACUGGUUUCACAAACAUGACAAUAAAGUCAGUAUCUCCCCAGUCACCAGAUCUGAAUCCUGUAGAGUACCUUCAUGAAUGUGCAGCUAAGAAAUCUGCAGAAAUGAUGUGAUGCAGUCAUGUCAACCUGGAGCAGAAUCUCAAAGGAAUAUUUACAACAUCUUGUGGAAUCCCUGCCACAAACAACUCAGGCCAUUUUGAGAGCAAAGGGAAGCACUACUCAGUAUUAGUAUAGCAUUCUAAUAAAGUGCUGGGUGAGUGUAUAUCUCAUAUAUUUUCUUUAAUACAUUAGCUCUGACUAAAUAAGGGUUUACUUCCCUCCACAGCUGCUUCUGGGUCCUUUUCUUUUUUACUCCCCAACCCAGCCCUUGAUGUUUAAUCUACCAUCUACAACAAGAUAUUUUAUGUUAAUCCUGCAAAACUCAGCACAGUGGAGAUAGUUUUCCCUCUGUGUAAUGGUAACAAGGGCUGUUUUUCAUUUGUUGUUAGUUACUAUAGGAAUGUAGCUUUUAAAACAUUUUUUUUUUCCAAACCCCAGAUGUUAUACAAAUAAUGCAGAGGACACAGAGUUAGGUUAGCUAGGACUAAAAGAAUUUAUAGUCAGGUCAAGUGAAGUCAAGUUUAUUUGCAUAGCCCUUAAUCAUAGUUAGUCUCAAAGGUCUUAACACCCACAUUAUGAAAACAAUAAAUGAAAAUGACACAUGGCAAUGUUAGACUCUCACAGAGGACAAUAACUCCCUGAGAAAGGUCAUCAGGCGAUGAAGUGAAACCUUAAGAGCAAAGUGAAACCUUGGAAGGACUACUUAGAAACGUGAUCCUGCUUCUGGGGUUUAUUAGACAAGUUUAUACACAUAUUGAUGUAAUGUGGCUCUCCCUCUCUGUAAGAGCUGAACUGCCUUCGAGUCACUAUUAAUCACGCAGGUAAUAUUGUACAUGCAAAGGAGGAAGAAAUGACUACGUGAGGAUCUUCAUGCAGCCUGUUAUAAUCUGGCAGCUUCUAAGUGGCCAGCUCACUCCUCUGUUCUCAACCACAGGAGGUGCCAAAGAUGCUUCCUCGCCGUGUCAAAGCUUAACCCAUGACCACAGUCAGAAAAUCCUCUCCACCUCGCCACAUUCUCGACGGCAACUGAGCCAAAAAACCCUUGUGAUGUGGAGCAGUCUCAUGAAUAGACGUGAGAGACGAGAGAGAGCAGAUCAUAUGCCAAUUAACACUGGAAAAGGAUUUAUUUUAUCAGCCUGGCAUCGCUGCAGAGGAUGAAAAAAAAUAAUCAAUGCCCCAGAGAGUGGAAGUGACUUUUAACAACAACUCGAACUGAACUGUGGCUUUCCCAUGCUGUGCAUAAAGAAUAUUCCAAAAGCGGAGUUUAUCCCGUGGUGCUGUUUUAAAAACCAACACAGUUCAGUGAAGAACUGUGCUGUCAGAGGAACAGCUGUACAUUUUUGCCAGAGGACCAGCCACUUUGAAAAAAAGGGAGAUGCCUCAACAGUUCCUCUAACACAGGAAAGUCUACCUUUGGCAAAUAUCAACAGUACAACUGAAGUAUUAAUGUUUCAAGAGGUGUGGGGUCGCAGCUUCUGCCGAACUAUUGAGAAACUGGUGGAGGUGGUGCAGGAGUACCCGACAGAGGUGGAGUACAUCUACAGCCCCUCCUGCGUGCCACUCGUGAGGUGCGCAGGUUGCUGUGGGGACGAGAACCUGGAGUGUCAUCCCACCCACACCACAAACGUCACCAUGCAGCUGUUGAAAAUCAGGCCGUCAGAGCCGGGUCAGGAAUAUGUUGAGAUGACGUUUGUGGAGCAUCAGACAUGUGAAUGUAGAAUCAGGAAACCUGUUGCGAAGAUUGAAAGGAGAAGGCAAAGAGGAAGAGGAAGGAAAAGAAAGGACAGACAAAAAACAAAAGAGUGUGAAAGGUGCCAGAACCCUCGCAGGUAACUGCUGUGAUGACCCAACUCCCUGUUGCAGUGUGGCUCAUUAUUUAUUUCCAGCCCAAUGACGGCAUCAAGAGUCUCCUCCGCUCAUCUAUUAAUACUGUGUCUGCAGCCAGAGACUCAAAAAGCUGGGUUGUUUUGCUGACGUGCUCCUCCUGCUGAUGGGCAGAGCGUUUGUAGUGACAAGGUUCAACAGGGAGUGUGUUUUUAAUGGGUGGAAACACUGCUGUUACACACCUGACUCAAUGGAUAUCCCUGGGAGCCAGUGCAAUGUAGAAUCAAACAGACUGAUGCCUUUUUCUUUUACACUAGUUAUUACUGUAUCAGUUAUGGUAAUUUGUCAAUUUUUCUGGUAUUUAAAGGUGGUUAUGUUUAAAAAUCUAUAUUUAUUGAUGCAGCUGAAUAUAUUUGGACCAGCAACCUGUAAAAAGUUUGUCAUUGUUCAUUAUCCAAGACACCUCGUCAUAGCAGCAUAUGUUGAACUGAGUGUGGAGCUGCUCUGGACACGCAAUAAUGAAAUGUCUCCCUCUAGUGUUUAUGGAAACUGAACCACAUGAAAAUAUUUUUUAGAUUAAAUAUCCUAACAGGAUUUGACAAAGGAUAGUGCUGUCAGUAAAAAUAAAUCACCUCAUCAGCUUAUUAACACUUAUCAAUCAGUUAUAAAAGUAACAAUCCUACUCUCCCUCCAUUGUGCUGUGAGACCAGAUGUGAGUUGGAAGUAUUUUACAGCCAGUUCACUCCUGAAUAAUAAGAAGAAUAUUUAUCAGAGAAGUUUAUCAAAUGAAGACGUCUGCAGAAGAUUGUAUAUAAAAUUGUCAAAUAUCUAAAUUGUUCUUUGAAAUCUCUCUUUAUUGCUCGUGUUUUGGGGGCAUAGUAAUUGUAGCUUCAGCCACAUGGAAUCAUUUUCUUUCACAACACAUCAGAAAGUGUAUAACAGGCUGCAGGGCAGAUGUGGCAAAGCCCAGUAGGAAAGGGCAGAUCAAUAUUACAGUAAUCAGUACACUCAAGCAGUCCUCAUUUGAUUAUUGAAGCAUAUUAAGGAGUAUGGAUUACAAUUAUUGUUUUUUCUGUUUGUUUGUUUUUAAUUGUUGGUUGCAAGGUUUCCACAGAUAGUCUAUAUAAAAAGCAUUUCAGUUUGCGUGGACCCAGGUGACACAAGACUCACAUAAGCCUACACCACAGGUGUCUUCCGUUGUCUGUUUUUGGAAACACUGCAGUAAGGAAGGGAUCAAUUGAAGUAGUUAUGUAAAACAAUGUCCUUUUGUAUUUUUUUUUCAUGUACUACACAAAGAAAAUCUCUAUGAAAAUGUAAAAAGUAACAUUUCAACUGUGUUAGUAUUUUAUUUCAUUUAAAUAUUUAUUUUGUAAUUAAAUUGUUAAUUGUCA